UUAUGAUCGGUCUAGCAGACGAUCUUUUCGUUUUUUUUACGGCAGUUGACGUUAUUGUCAAUUUGUGAUACAGAUGCAUUCAAUCAUUUCUUAUAUUGAAUCAUUUGUUCUGGCAUUGUAACUAAGCCUGUUCCAUAUUCAGCAAGGUGAAUUGUUAAAAUUCCUGUGUGGUGCUAGUAUAAAAAUGUCCGUCUCACUUGAUAUCCGCCUCAAGAAACCGAGCAAGAUAUACAGAGAAGGAGAAUCUGUCAGUGGCGUCGUAGUUAUUUCUUGCUCAACGGAAACGCGUCACGAGGGUGUAAAUCUAACUGUUGAAGGAAUUGUCAACCUUGAACUGAGCUCUAAAUGUAUUGGCCAGUAUGAGUCUUUCUACAAUUCUGUUAAGCCAAUGCAGCUCUUGCUGAAUUCUUUCCCAAUUUGCAAAGGUUCUGGUAAAUUUCCCCAUGGAACGACUGAGAUUCCUUUUGUAUUCAAUCUUCAGGGAGGUCAGACAAGAGUAUUGCAUGAGACAUAUCAUGGCGUCUUCAUUAAUAUCCAAUACUUUAUGAAAGUGGACAUGAAGCGUGGAUUGUUGGCCAAGGAUCUUGAUAAAUCAUGUGAAUUUAUUGUUGAAUCUUUGGCCAGAAGUGCUGAAAAAGCCAUACUAAAACCUAUUGACUUUGUGAUAGUUCCAGAAUCUGUGCAAAAGUUAAAAAGGAAAUAUAAUGUUCCAAAUUUCAAAAUAACUGGGAAACUAGACUCAUUAGUUUGCAGUAUUUCUAACCCUUUCACAGGAGAGAUAACCAUUGAAUCCUGCGAUGAGAAAAUUAAAUCCAUAGAAAUUCAGCUAGUCAGAGUAGAGACGUGUGGCUGUGCAGAUGGUUAUUCAAAAGAUGCCACCGAGAUACAAAACAUUCAAAUUGGUGACGGCGAUGUCGUACGGAAAGUGCCGAUACCUAUUUACAUGGUUUUCCCUCGUCUCUUUACUUGCCCCACAUUGAGCACUGCUAACUUUAAACUCGAAUUCGAAGUCAACAUUUCGGUUGUGUUUGAAGACAACCAUCUCGUUUCCGAAAACUUCCCAAUAUACAUCACUCGGUUUUGAACAAAGUAUGUAAUCAUAUACCAAGUUGGAAGAAAAAGCGCAGAAAAGCUGUCGUGCCUCAUCAUUCCUUUCUUUUAUGCGUCGUUCGCGUUGAUGCCCCAUAAGUAUAUAUUUUUUUAUCAUUCUCUCCAAAAGAAGUUAAUAUGAAUAUUAAAAAUAGAAAAGAAAGACAUUGACGGAUA